AUGAAUUCGCCUGAACAUCCUUCAAAUGAGUCCAUUUCUUCCCUGACAAAGUUUUCCUCUCCCCAAAAUGGUGAUCAAGAACCUGAAACUAAUGAGCUUGACUUUAAACUAGCAGUUGAUGAAUCUCCAGGGGUACAACUUUAUCAAUUACUGAAUUGGUUAGACUUUGAACCAAUCAUGUUACCAAAUGUGAACAUUUCAUAUGGCAAUGAAGAUUUUCAAGUUGGUUACUAUAAAUUAUUGAAACAAUUCAAUAAAUUAGUAUUGACGGUGUGUCAAAAGAAUAAUGAAUUGAAUGUUGUCAAAUUCAAAUGUAAGUACUUGAUUGAUGAGAUGAUAAAAGAAUGGAAUGAAGGGGAAGAGAGUGAAGAAGAAUUGAAUCAUGCUCAUAUUAAGGUAGCUAAGUCUGAAGUCGCAGAAAAGUUGAAGGAUUUUUUUGAUCCCAAGGAAGAAUUUGAAUCAACUGCUGGAAGCUCGUUUUAAUAUAAGUUUUGUUAUUCUGAAUCUAAAGAGUAAACAACCAGAAAUUAAUUGUAUGUUUUACUCAAUGAAUUUCAUUACGGAAACAAUAAAAAUUUGAGAAGGUAUAGGCUAUAAUUAGUGAAGCAUGGUUUCUUUUACUUUUCAUGUUUAUAUAUGGCUCACAUUUGCUAAGAUUUACCUGGAUGCUACAUAUACUAGUUGAGCUUGUUCCUAUUAUCCAUAUAUUCCCAUGUAAACCAUUACCAAUCAAUCAAACAUCAUAUUAUGUGUUCCUAUGAUAUAUGUUUUUCUUUUUUCUUUUCUUUUUUUGUUGAUUUUGUUUUUGUUUUUGUUUUUUUUGCAACCACAUACAUAUC